AUGGUGCAGACUUACUCUAAGAGGGACAAACUCUACAACAGAGUCUUCGAGUGCAGAUUCGUAUGUCACUACGAUGGGUUUUCAAAGUUUGGAUGGGAAUUCCUUAGGUUUGCAUGCAUUGCAGAGAACAAGCCUGACAUUCUCGCGACUCAGGUGGGCAAACAGACUCUUGUAUUAAGGUUUGUGGAUCAGAAAUGCUAUUGGAUCAAAACCAAACUGAUAUCAUUCGUUCGCGAACAGAUAUUGCAAGCUUGUGUCAAAUUUGAUGGUUGCGACAUCUUCUCUGACACAGGUUUUGGCAUCCACGCUGUAGAUUCAUCAAGGUUCUUCUGA